CGUAUACGGAAAUAUAAACAAUAACAACUGAGCUGAGGAAACAGAAACCUAACCUAAAUAAUGAUGACAGUACUGGGGUAUUAUUACAUUUAAAUUAAGGUAAAUAAGGUAUAUAUUGGUGGUCAUAUCAUAACAAUUACACCAAUGACCAUUACAGUAAACGUACACCUAUAGCCAAACAGGCACAAAAUAAUAAUCGGUGUAAAGUUGGAUCAGCGUUUGAUAUUUGAUUGUUAAGAUCGGUUGGAUCUUGAAAGAAUAGUGUAUCUCAUUCGUGUAUCUCAUUGAUAACAUGCUAUGUUUAGUCACCAGUGUUAAAGAUGCCAGUUGAUGCCGUCAGAUAUUGGAUAUACGUUGCGUGAGCAUCACGAUCCUAAAACAAUAGCACAUUCAAGUCCAGCUGUUUGCUACAAAAUCCUGUCUGGGUCCAGCCGUCUGCUGUUUAUGUCUUUGCCACAGAUGCAUUGCUCCGUAACUGACAAGUGUGUUCAGCAUGUUCAGCAACUGUGUCCCAAAAACAAUGAUGAGGAAUCCUGCGAGGAGGAGAUGGACACAUCUGAGCCUAACUGGCAUUGGUUUUACUUGGCUGAAUGUGGAGUGUGGCAUAUGUUUGAGAUUGAUCCCAGUGCAGGAUGUUCGGUGACCAGUGAACAGAUUGAAGCAAACUACAACAGGAAUCAGCAUGGUUCCAUGGAUUUCUAUACACCUAAAUACAGCUACAGAUUAGAUUUUUCAGUUAUGAAGCAAAUCAACGUCACAACUGGAAAACAGAGACCAAUAAAGAGGGCUCUACAUUCUGCCACUGGAUUUAGAUUUAUCUGUGAUAACCUGGCUCUGCCAGUCCCUUGUCACUGGGAAAGAGUUAACACAGAUGAGCCAUAUCAGCUCAUCCCUCUGUGCAGAGACACAUUUGAAUACAAAGAGGUGGCCAGGCUGUAUGAGAGGACCAUGUCUCAACCUAUAAAAUCCAUUCAGAGGAUACAGAACCUGGACCUGUGGGAGUUUUUCUGCAGGAAAAAGGCCCAGCUGAGAAAGAUAAAACGCAUUAUAGAUAUUGAUGAGAGGAUGCUGUUUCAUGGGACAGGUCACAGUAACAUUCAGGCUAUUUGUACAUACAACUUCGACUGGCGACUUACAGGAAGUCAUGGUGACGUCUAUGGAAAAGGAAGCUAUUUUGCUCGUGAUGCCAAGUAUUCCAGCAAGUUCUGCCACUCCACCAGCAAGCAUAACUUCACAUUGCAGAGACACGGCCUGGCACCGCCAAUAUUCCAGAGUGACCCGCCAUACAAGUGCAUGUUCCUGGCCCGGGUGUUAGUAGGGGAAUACACAGUAGGUCACCCACACUUCUGUCGCCCGCCCUCCAAAGACCUGAGCAUCGCCAAUUUCUUUGAUAGCUGUGUGGACGAUAUGGUCAACCCAAAGAUCUUUGUAAUAUUUGACAGCAAUCAGAUCUAUCCUGAGUACCUUAUUGAAUUCUACUGAUGAAGAAGAAAAGGACAAUUUGAACUAGUUAUAUAAAUGAAGACACAGCAAAACAGCAAAACCCUAGUAUGAAGAGCCAUGACUUGUCUGUGUGUCAGUGCCAAAGCAUGUACAUGAUGAAAAUGACUUACACAAGACAGGAAAUGUGGGCUUUAAAUGCAUACUAGGGUGUCCCAGCUCCAGUUCCAGAGUCUAGAGUCUAGAGUGAAGCACAGUUACCCCUUUUCCAAAAUGAAUAUAUUCUCAUCUCUUUUUUGGGGGUGGAUUUCUCCCCAUUUCCUCCAGUUUGGUCUGGCCAGUUGCCACCCAAUAGAUAACUCACCUAUCAUAAACCAGCUACCAGCCAAUGUGGGUGGGGCAAACGUGAUUCCUCCAAGCCAACCUCCUCAUGUUUUCACUGCUGCUCAUGCUGUGUCUCAGAACAGCAUAACGCACACAGAGGAAAGCAUCAUCAGCCCUCUUCCACAUAUAUGACCUCAUAGAUGUCCUUGAUUGGCUAGUGUCGCUGUGAUUGAUAAGGAGAGGUUAUGCUAUCCCACCCACCCAACGAGGAAUGGAAACUAAAUGCCAGGAUCCCUUGCAUUAAUACUUGACCCCACUAAAGCUCUUGUGGCUGCAAGGGCACAAAUCCCCACAGCCACAUUCCAAAACAUAGCGUGAAGCCUUCCCGGAUGAGUGAAGUUUGUUAUAACAGCAACAACAGGGAUUUUCAACAAGCACAUAUGGCUUUGAUGGUUAGAUGUCAACAUAUUAUUAUAUUAUUUAUUAAUAAUAAUAAUGGCUUCAUAAUUUUGUAUAUUAUAUUAUAUUAUAUUAUAUUAUAUUAUAUUAUAUUAUAUUAUAUUAUAUUAUAUUAUAUUAUAUUAUAUUAUAUUAUAUAUUAUAAUUAGAUAUUAAUAAAUACAACAGAUAAGUUGGGACACACUGUAUGCACAUUACAAUUUGUGUGAUGGUCUGUAAAAACCUGGCAGAUGUCACUGUGGCUGAACUCUGGAUUUCUCCAAGUUAUUUUUUGAUUGUUUGUUUGUUUAUUUAUUUAUUUAUGUAUUUAUUAAAUAUACAUAUCACAUUAACUGAGUGCAGCCAAAUAGCUAAAUAGUUUAAGUUAAACUCUCCUGUCACCUUCCUUAGAAGCCAAAAUUGUGACCACGAUUUAAAUAUGAUUAUUGUGCAUCUCUGUUUUCCAUAUAAUUUUAUGUCAUUUGUUUAUUUGUUCAUCUACCUCACAAUAAUUCUACCUCAUGCCAUGCAAUUCCGAGCAUUUCUGUUAACCUCAUUCAAGGCACACUAAUACUGUAUUGCAGUAAGCAUUAAAAAAAGGAUACCAGAGUACAUUUUGGGGAAUAGGGAUUUUACAAAUUGCCUGUCAAAUGUACAUCAUAGAAACUAUGAAAUGGUUGACUUUUUUCACUGCUGCUCUGACCUGCACAGCAAGCAAACAUUGCUUUUAAUCACUUUCAGAUUUGUUUGCCCCACUUUUCUGUUGCAUCUCUAAUAUAUCCCACUGAUGUUAACUAUGUACAGUUUAUACACUAUAUGGCCAAAAUUUGUUGACACAUUGACCAUCACACCCAUAUGUUUAGCACACAUUUCUUUAGACUGUCUUUUUAUGUUGUAGCAUUAUUUUUGCUUCACUUGAACUAAGAGGCCCAAAUCUGUUUCUGCAUGACAGAGGCCCAAAUCUGUUUCACCUCACAUCAGUGCCUGAUCACACUAAUGCUUUUGUGGAUGUAUGGGCAAAUUUCCACAGCCAUGAUCCUGGAGAGCCUUCCCAAAAAUGUGCAGGUGAUUAUAACAGCAAAAGAGGUAUAUGCGAGUGUGAAGGUCUGAUGUCCAUAAACUUUUGGUGAUAUAGUCAGAAACCACGGACAGAUUUUAUUGAACAGUAAUGAACACGACAGAAAGCAAAGGCAUCUUUCAAGCAGAAAAGAAAUGAAUAAUGAUGAAAGCACUAACAGUACUUAACUACAUACUUAAUUACGGAAAAUUCCUCCACCUCAAUGAGCAGGGUGUGAUGAUCUGUUCAAAUGUGGAAGUUCAAAACACCUACGCAAAUGACAAUCAUUUCAGUUUCAUUUCUCACUGGCCCAUCUGAUACUUUAUUGUGUAAGUCAACUCUUCCAGCAGCUUAUUUUCAUAACUUGUACCAGCAUAAUUGGAUUUCUACACAAACUGUGUGAAGGUGUGCAGAUCUGUUUCCCAGUUAUGCUACUGAAGUCAUGUUUCCCAUCAGAUUUAACUGCAUGAAAAACUUGUUAAUGGACUGAUAAGUUGAGUCAUGUGUAUAAGAGCAGAGAAACACACUGAAAUGUAGUAAAACACUGUAGUACAGAGUCCAGUUUCACUUUCCUUUAGCAUCUUCUCUCUGCUUUAAUAAUGACUUCAGUCAAAGGUCAAAUGGAUAGACUAGCUCUGAGCUUUUGGUGACUCAGUGGUUAAGCUUUUGUGUAAGUGACUAGAAGGUUGUGCGUUGUGCGACUCCCUGAAAUCUGGGCCUCUAAGCGAGACAUUUAACCCUCAUCUGCUUGGGUCUGUGUUUGGAUUGUCUUCGGCCUCACUUGGCAGUCACUCUGCAUAAGGAUUUGCUAAGUGAACACAAUAGAGAACUUGUGUUCGUGUACCUUGAGAGGUUCUUCAAUGUGGUUACAGAGAUAUUACACAAAACCGCAUGGUGUCUACAAGUACAAUAACUGUAUACACUGUAUAGUCUGCAUAGUCAACUACAGAAUUAUUGGCACCUUUCCUACACAUGUGCAAAUGUAUUAUUUAAUAAUGUGCAAUUGGUAGGGUUUUUUCUAUGAAACACUUUUGUUUUUACACUACUCACUUUUUGGUUGAGAGUCUAUCAGCAUGGCACAUCUCGAUAUGGCAUUAUUUCACUUAUUUCUCUUUUUUGCAGCAACCUUCUAGAUCUAUCAAAGUGUAAGGGCAUCUCCUUUGUACAGACCACUGUAAGUCACCCCACAGAUUUUCGGUUGUAAUCAGGUCUGGCCUCUGGCUAGCUGAUUCAGAAAUAUUGAGCAAACCAUUCCUUUGUUGAUUUAAAUGUUUGAUUUGUGUCAUUGACAUGCAGAAAGGUGAAAUCCCUGGUAGAAUGGUGAAACACUGAAAGAAACUUACCCAAAAGAUUGAGUGAUGUAGUGAAAGCAAAAGGUUUAGUGGUGGUUAAGAUUUCAGUUUUCACUUAACUUUAAGGCAUUGAAGCAAUGAUGUUUAGAAAGGCUGACAGCAAAGGGGCGAAAAUAAACUGGUGUUUGCAACUAUGUUAAAUAUUGUUUAGGGGUGUCAAUAAUUUUCCCAAAUAUGUAUGAGAAUAUAAGUUAUUUUUGCUAAAGAUCACUAGCUUUUAUAUAAGCAUUUUUCUCUCUUUAACAAAAGCUGCCAAUACUUCUGGAGUUAAGUGUACAUAUUUGUAUAGUAGAGAGAUCUAUUGUCUAUGUCUGUGCAUGUUAUAUAUGUAAACUGCAGACUAUGAACUCUGAUUGUAACAGUGUGUGUAUAUCUAGAAAAAUAAUAGUUGUUAUACGAAACAAUAACAUCUAUUACAGUGACACAGCUUGGGCUGGAAAACACACAGGUGAUGUCUGCAAUAAAUGUUCCCUCCCAUCAGACAGGAGUGGAUGUUCAUUACUUUCGUUUUUACAUAGUUAGUUUAGUUUAGAGUGAUUGUACAGGGAAUCUUCUAUUCAUUAACCAUAAUGUCUGUGAUCGGGUGGUUGGGUGUUAGAUUAUGGACACUGAAUCUAUGGACACUUCUGAGACUUCUGACUCUCCCUGUUUCUGGUUCUAUGAAGCAGAGUGUGGCAUUUGGCACAGAAUUGAGGUAUUGUCCUAUUUCAUUACUAUUCCAAAACUUGUUUCUACCUGCUUUCUUAAAGCAAGUUUUCCUUUACAGGAUGAUCCAGUGAACCCUCUCAGCAGCUCAGAUUUGGAAAGGCUUUACUUUCACAACCAAUUUGGAAAUAUUAACAUUAACACAGCAGGUUGCUGUUUCAGAAUUGACUUUAGUGGUAAUGUAUUUUAUCAAGCUCCUAUUUAGCAAUAAUAACCAUGAAGACUUUAAGAAUAAAUAAAAAAAUAUAUAUUGUUUGUGAUAUAAGAAAUUUGAAGCUCAACCUAAAGACAGGAAAGAAACAGAAAUUAAAACGCUCUUUACACACUGAGCGUAUGAUCAGGUCUGUGUAAUUACUGCUCUUAUUCACUUACCUACACCAUAUGAUUUGUUGUUGCCUUUCUUAUGAAAUGAAAGUGAGAAUGCUGCCUUUCUAAUGAAACAGAUGCAAAUGUGCAGACCAACCUCCAUCUGUACCUGCACACUGGGAGAAAAUGGACCCUGCAGCACCCUAUCUGGCUUUUACUGUGAACUGGCAAUCAAGUGAGUUUAAGGAAGUGGAGAGAUAUGUGAAGGAAAUCGGUCUACUGCGGGAAACCCUGAAGGCUGUCUACAGAAUACAGAAUACAGAAUGUUGACCUCUGGGAGCUUUACUGCAAGAAAAAAUCCCAGCUGAUGAGGAUAAAAGGUCAGUCAGACAUUGAAGAACGAAUGCUCUUUCAUGGCACAGGCAAAACCAAUCUGCAUAAUAUUUGCACGUAGAACUUUGACUGCAGACUGUCUAAUUCAAGGAGGCGUGGUCACGUUUUGGGCAAAGGUACAUACUUUGCCCUACAUGCAUCCUAUGCAGACAAGUACAGUAGAGCUCAUAGCCAAAAAGGUGACAAAACACAAAUAAUGUUCCUCGCACGUGUAAUUGUUGGGAAGUACAGACUUGGACGUUCGGAUUUCUGCAAACCUGAUGGUGACCAAGAUGAAAAUAUACAUGACAGCUGCGGUGACGAUACUUUAUACCCUCGGAUUUUUGUUGUCUUUGAUUCUCACCAGAUAUAUCCUGAGUACGUGCUGGAGUAUGGAGGGUGAUAGGGUGAGAAAAUGAUCAUGGAACACAGAGAAACAUUAUUGGUCUGUUGAUCUGGGGCUAUAGAAGGCUUUUAUUGUGAACUGGCAAUCAAGUGAGUUUAAGGAAGUGUAGAGAUAUGUGAAGGAAAUUGGUCUACUGCAGGAACCCCUGAAGGCUGUCUACAGGAUACAGAAUGUUGACCUCUGGGAGCUUUACUGCAAAUAUAUCCUGAGUACGUGCUGGAGUAUGGAGGGUAAUAGGGUGAGAAAAUGAUCAUGGAACACAGAGAAACAUUAUUGGUCUGUUGAUUUGGGGCUAUAGAAGGUAGGAACAAAUUUUUGUCAUUUAGUUUUAUCUAAAGUUAAAGUUUAAUAGUCUAGAUAAUAGUGUUGGGGACAAUUUGGUAUGGUCUGCUUACAUUAAAUUUCUUACAAAGAUCCAGAUAAGCAGCUAACAUGAUUAAAUGGCAGCAACAGUAAUCUUUUAAUGGUUAGAUAUUAAUGACUUUUAAAUAAGACAUUUUUGUAUUGGUGCACACUUCUGCUGAGUCACAGAUGUUAACUUGAAGUAGGAAGAAAAUACCUGCACCUUCAAAUUUAAAUAUUUUAACCAAAACUUACCUAUUUGACUGCUCUAGCUCCCUCUGGUCCACAUAAGUCAUAACUAAGGGUAGGCUGAAGAAGUUGGUCACAACUAAGCUCUUUUAUUUUCAUUGUUAACAUUGAUGGGCUCUGCAACUGUAAUUUUACACUUUAUUCAGUCAGGUGAAAGAGCAGGUGACAUGGACACAAUAAAAAUCCAUGUCUGGACCGCAGACUGCCAGUUGACAACCACAGCUCCAGUGCAAAAUUAGAAAGGUGUGAUCCAAAUGAGCUGGAGGUCAUCAAAAUAAACUAAAACUAAACAGAUAAUAAUAACUAACAUUAUUAAUUUAUUAGUUUGUGCAUUCAGCACAAUGUGUAAUUUUCCAAUAAGUCUAUUGAUAAAGAAAUUCAUACAGAAGUGGUUUUCAAUUACUAGAAUGAUGCUACGUAGUACUUUUUUUUAAAGGCAGGUGGAGGCAAAUUGCCACUAACAUGAAAAGUCUUCACCUGUCCCACAACUGAGCCCACCCAUUCAGCUACAUAUGCUUUGUAAGUAACCUUUUAAAGAAAAUGUCAGAGCUAAGCAACUGUGUUUCACUUAUUUCUAAGAAGGAAACACAUAAACGGUCACUGGAAAUCAAG